UUAGAUUUAGAUUUAAAUUUAACUCAUAAUAAUAGUGAAACAAUAAGUAACUCAGACUUUAAGAUAGCCACAUAUAACAUACGAGGAUUUAACGAUACAGUUAAACGAAGCUUGUUUUUUAACUAUAUUAAAAAUAAACAGUUCGACAUAGUGGACAUAGCAGAAACAAAUUGUGGUGAUAACAAGAGAGAAUAUGAGAGUAGGGCAAUUUGCAUAGAUCUAGUUCUUCUAAGAAAAAUGACAAUUUGCGUAAUGCAAAUUUAUUUAUCAAGUAAAAAAAAUUUUAAUGUAGUACUGUCAUCUGCAAUAGAUCGAAAUAACAAUAGUCACUUACAUUUUCCAGAAAGUGAAAUAUUUCCACUACUAAGUAGUUAUGAUUUAAUUAAUUGCUAUAGAAUAAUGUUUCCCGAAAACACAGGGUAUACAUGGAAAAGAGAUAAUUCAAAUGAGGAAAGUAAGAUUGACGUAAUUUGGAUGUCACACAGAUGGAGUGAUAAAAUUACGUCAUGUUUCUUAGACAACAUUAAGUUGAUAACAAGUAGUGACCAUAAACUUUUAGGCAUUAAAAUAUUAAAAAAGUGGCAAAUAAGAGAAAAAGAUAAGAAAAAUUAUUCCAAUGGACCUAAAUAUAAUAUAAAGCUGAUGGAUAAGAGGCGAUGGCUAAAAUUUUCAGAGUUAGUUACUGUAGAAGUUGAGUCGUCAAAAUUUUUCAAUGGCAUUAAUCACCAUAAAAAGAGUUAUAACACCCUAAACAAAAGUUGGUUAACACUCAAAAAUAUAAUGAUAAAAGUAACAGAUCAAAUUAUACCAAAACAUAAAUGGAAAAAAAAAGAGAUCACUGACUCCAAAUAUAAUCAGAGAAUUUCACAUUGCAAAAUCAUUAAAUAA